AACUGAUAACUGAAGAUUUAGGUUGUAAAAUUCAGUAUUAAGUAGUAUGAUCCUGUUAUGGUGGUGUGGUCGCUGUCGCUCGUGCAGGGUGUAGGCGGGAGGGGAAGACCAGGGACAACACUAUCCCCCCUCCCAUCCUAUACCACGCGAAUGCGGCAAAUCACUAAAAUUUGGAGGGAAAUGUGAGAAGAAAACUGAAACCGUGCAAAUUCCCUCCAAAUCUCUCAGUAGUCAGUUAGUCUCUCAUCUCUCUAUUGAUUUUAAAGUUUCUAGUGAAUAAAGUUUAACUUUUGCCCUUAACAUUACUUUCGCCGACCAUCCCCAAUAAUCAUCUGCUUUCAAUAGCCAGAGCCACUUGUGAAAUUAUUCGUUUUACUUGCUCAGUUGCAAACUGUCAUCAUGGAUUCUUUGAUAUCGAAUGCAAGCACUUACGAAAGUUUUUUCAGUGACGUUUUUGGAAGUAAUUCUGACAGCGAUUGUGAAGAUGGGUCUUUUGAUUUUAGCGAUCCAAUGAUAAACAGGAAAAGACAGUCCUCAUCUCCAAUACAAGAAAAUGAAGGCCUGCCACCAGAUGAUUCCCCUCCCAAACGGAAGAAGUCAGAAGAAAUAGACUCAUCAGCUCAUUUGAUGCAAGCAAUAAAAAUAGGAAACUUCAACGAAGUUCAAAAGAUCUUGCAACAAAAUCCACAACUUGCCAACCUCUCAAGAAAGGAGGAUCCAUUGCAUGUGGCGAUUAGGCUAUGCCAUAUCCCAAUAGUGAGAUUACUUCUUCUAAAUGGAUUCAAUGUAGAUGCCCCCGAUUAUAGAGGAGUAACACCUAUUCAACUAGCAGUGGAAAAGGAACAAAGUGAUAUUGUUCAACUUCUAUUAGCUCAUGGGGCCAAUUGUAAUAUCAGAAAUAGUUAUGGUUUAGGGAUAAUACAUACUGUUGUAAGAAAAGCAAACCCCACCAAACCUGUGCCUUCCGGCAUCCCGUACGGAGAGUUUGAUGUGCUCACAAAAGAGCAGGCUAAGCUGAUUAACAAAGAAAUAUUUGAUAAAAACUAUAAGAUUUUAGAAGUCCUACUUAACUCUUCACUCAUUGAUAUAAAUUUAACGUCAAGAGAUGGUAAAACUGCCCUUUAUUAUGCUGUCGUCGGUACAAAUUAUGAAUUUGCUACCUCACUUGUUAAACUCCUCUUAAGUAAAGAUGCUGAUACCAAUGUACAAUCUACAUAUGGAAAAACUGCGCUCUCCAGAGCCAUGACUUUAUGCAGGGCUGAGAUUAUUGAGCAGUUGCUAAUAAAAGGAGCGAGCACAGAAGAGCUGAUUAAUGGUGGUCAAAUGUCACCCAUAGCUUGGGGCAUAGCUAGAGGUAGAGUUGAUAUUACUGAGUUAUUGCUUAAGUAUAGUAGUUUCAAUGUUAAUACACGUGAUACACGUAUUUGUGCCCAUGAACCAUCAAUUAUUCAUUAUAGUAUUAGGAAAGCUAACUCUAAUGUCACGAGAUGUCUCAUCAAUGCUGGAGCAUCGAUAAUUGUCCACUGUGAAAAAAAGGGAACCAAGGUCAGUCCUUUUCUUCAUUGCUCUGAUGAUCCGUCGACUCAAGCAGAGCAAAGCCGCAAACUCUUAAUGGAACAUCUGGUUCUGCUGCAGGACCAGAAACUGUAUAAAUUUUCAAAGGAAGAAAAAAGUUAUAUUUUUUCUAAUUUUCAACUUGAGUUACAUUUGAGAAAGUUGCAGAAUGAAUUAGUAGCCUUAAAAAAAAUGAAAAUUCCUCAAACCGAUUACACAUUUUAUGAUUUUGCAACAUCAACUGAUCAAGAUGCGGCGCAGUUGAUAGAAAUUCCUGCCAUUGAUAAAUAUUGCGCCCAGAAAGCGCUCAAUAUUCUCUAUCCUGGAUUCUGUAGGUUAAUGUGCGACAGAAACAAAGCUGGUCAAGCAAGACUUGAAUUGCUUCGUCGACAAAAUUCAAUCGAAAAUGUCAAAAAAUAUUUCUCAUCAAAUUAUCAUGCAAAAAGUUCAUUUAUGGAUAAAGUAAUGAGCAGAUUGAAUAACAGAGACUUAAAACAUCUGCUGGAUGCUUAUGAUAAGUUGUGAGUCAAUUAUGAUCAAAUAACUUAAAAGCAACCUUUAGUGCCUCAGUAUUUUACAUUCUGAAAAUGUAUUAGUGCCUUUAUCAGUAUUGAUGAGCCUGCAUAUUCUAAACACGUUCAUUACGUAGUGUGUAAAAGCACAAUAUUUUUCAUUUCUUAAAUGUAUAUAUGUAUUGUGUACCUUUAUGUAUUUAUGAACCUACUUACUACGAAUAAUUUCACUGUAUUCUGAAGAUUUAAUAGAAUUAUUAGCCGUCUUUUUUCUUUUAAGAAAGUGGGAAGCUAUGUUUCCGUACUCUAAAGUGUCAAACUGUCAACAACUUUUCCUCUUAUAAAACAGUCCAUGAUGCAAGUUAUAGUUUCUGCAUCUCACUUUCUCAUUGCAGAAGCACAAAAUUUUAAAAAAUAGUUAAAAUUAAGUGAAGCAGAAACUCCAGCAAACAAUUGAACUUCCCGGCAGAGCUGUUCCAUUUGAGAUGGAGUAGUUAUACCUCUACAAAUAUUUAAUACAGAAAAAUUGAAUGAAGAAAGCACAACUUUUUCCAUCUUCCGAUUGAUUUUUGUUCCUGAAAUGAGGAAAUCCUGAAAUUUAGUGGACACCUUUGUGAAACACUGCAUUUUUUUCUGAAAUAGCUUGUGGAUUUCACUGAUUUUGAAUCUUCUUGCAGAAUGUUGUACUGAAGUUUUAAGAUUGAGACGUAAAAAUAUGGCCAAAAUAUCAGCCAUAGUUCUACAACUGUUCACACAGAAUGAAAAUCAAUGCAUAAGUCUAAAGAAUGUUUUUUGUCCAAAAUAUAUCUUCUCUCAUACAAUUAAUUGAGAAAUUGGAAUUUAAUUAACCCUGCUCCCCUUCCACUUUCCAUGAACUGUCUUCUUUUUGAUCUGCCUUCCCCCCCCC